UGGGUGAGACAUCGCCCGUUGGCUUCAGUUUUACAGCAGAGAGAGAGAGAGAGAGAGAGGGUCGUCUUUCUACGAGCAUGAAAACCCUAGCACCCCCCCAAAUUUCCUCUUUUGACCGUCUCGGUUCACAUGGGUUUAUUUCUCCCAGUUGGGUUUUUACUGUCAACCCAGUUUUGAAUUCUCUCUGCCAUGGCGGUCUCCGACGUGGAAGCUGUGCUGGAGUUUCUGAGGAAGAAUGGCUUUUCGGAGGCCGAAUCAGCUCUCAGAGAAGAUUUUUUUGAGAAAAGUGAACUGGGUUGUUUUGAUUUCGAGAGGUUCAUGUUUCCGAUGGCGCCGGCGCCCCCGCCGUUGAGGAUUCCAGCCACUGGUCGGCUAUCAGAGACGAAUUCCAGUUCCGAUGAUGAGUUCGUGAGCGUAGAUUCUUCUGCCAGUGAUGCGUAUUCUUCAGAAUUCACUAAUCCAUAUGGGCGUCGCUCUGCAACUCAGUUCACUUCUGAAACUUCAUCAGAUAGAUUAUCUGAAUUUGGGACAGCGCGCGAUUACCCCGAUUUUGAUAUGCAAAAUGAUCUGCACUGGUAUGGUGAUAAAGAUGAAACUUACUUAAUGCCUCCCUCCUACGGUGAACCAGACUUCCUUGGCUGUCCAAGUGAGGACAAGUUUGUCAUGACUUCAGAAACCGUGAGGAAAUUUGAAAACCCAUUGAUUUUGAGUCAUAAAUUGGAAGAAUUUCAUACAUUGUCAAGUAUGAAUUAUUUAGACGACUUGUGUCUUUACAAUAAUAACUCCAAGAAUAAUGGAAAUGAGGUUCGAGUGACAGAUUAUUAUCAAAUGAAUGAAAAAACCCAACCGAAAGGUGUUGAGGGGGAACUGGAUGAUUCCUCUGCUUAUACUUGUCUGGGUUUGAACGAUCAGCAGUUUAAAGUUGUGGGGAAAAGCCCCACAGAGUGUGAUUCAGUUUCUAAACAGAGAAUAAACGAGAAUUCUAAUUACUCCAUCAAAAGGAGUUCCACAAAUGAUUGCAUUGGGGAGUUUAAAAGGACCCCUGAAGCCCAUGAUCAGGUCUAUGAGAAAGAUUUACAGCUAAAUAGAAAUGGUGGUUAUGAUGUCAAAAGCGGUAAAGAAUUGGUUGAAGAAUCACUUGAGCUUGAGGCUGGUACGGAUGAAGAGGAUGUUGCUGCAGAUGAACUUCCAGUGUGCAAUCCUUCUGAAGAUGAAUAUGAAGUAUUCAAUCUAAGAAUCAUACACCGGAAGAACAGGACUGGAUUUGAAGAGAACAAGGAUUUUCCUAUUGUUCCGAACACAAUUGUCGGUGGCAGAUAUUAUGUUACAGAAUACCUAGGCUCAGCCGCUUUCAGCAAGGUUGUUCAGGCCCAUGAUCUUCAUACAGGAAUGAAUGUUUGCCUGAAGAUCAUAAAAAAUGAUAAAGAUUUUUUUGAUCAAAGCUUAGAUGAAAUCAAACUGUUAAAGUUUGUGAACAAGCAUGAUCCUGCUGAUGAACGCCACAUUUUGCGUCUUUUUGACUACUUCUAUUUUCAGGAGCAUCUCUUCAUUGUUUGUGAACUCCUUCGGGCAAACUUAUAUGAAUUUCAGAAAUUCAAUCAAGAUUCUGGUGGGGAAGCAUAUUUUACACUGAGCAGGUUGCAGGUUAUAGCUCGGCAGUGUCUGGAGGCAUUGGAAUACUUGCAUCAAUUGGGAAUAAUCCACUGUGAUCUAAAACCAGAAAAUAUACUUAUCAAAAGUUACCGAAGAUGUGAGAUAAAGGUUAUCGAUCUUGGAAGCAGUUGCUUUCAAACAGACAACUUAUGCCUAUACGUACAAUCUCGUUCCUACAGGGCCCCUGAAGUUAUUCUUGGCCUACCAUAUGACCAAAGGAUUGACAUUUGGUCGCUGGGAUGUAUUUUAGCUGAGCUCUGCUCCGGGGAAGUUCUUUUUCCAAAUGAUGGAAUUGUGAUGUUGCUUGCACGCAUGAUUGGGAUGCUUGGCCCUAUUGACCUGGAUAUGUUAGUGAUGGGACAGGAGACGCACAAGUACUUCACAAAGGAAUACGAUCUUUAUUAUAUGAAUGAGGAGGCCAACCAACUGGAGUACAUUGUCCCAGAGGAGCCCUCAUUGGAGGACCACUUGCAGGUUUCUGAUACUGGGUUUAUAAACUUCAUUAGAGACUUGCUCGAGAUAAAUCCCCAGAGGCGCCCUACGGCAAGAGAGGCACUUGAGCACCCCUGGCUUACCCAUCCCUAUGACUCUGACUUUAGCUGAAACUGAGGGACAAUUGUUUGGGCAUAUUGAUUCAGUCUGCAUGAGGCUGGAAUAUCUUUUUCACACCACCCAGUUCUGAUUGUCGUACAUGUAAUUAGGGCAACUGUGCUUUGGUGUAUAUUUUUUGUCUGCGAUUAAUUUUUUUGUACAAGAGUUGUGUCUACUUGUUUUUGUUUCUUUUUUUUUCCCUGCCAUUUUUUUUUUUGUUGAGGGGAAGGAAGAGGUUGGAGAUGGGAUUGUACAAACCGAUUGAUUGGAUAACAAGGAAAAUAUAUAGCCAUCAAGUCCUGAUUGAA